AUGGACAUGAACAAUGGCUGGCUUGGAUUCUCCUUGUCUUCUUCCUCGGCGAGGGGUUACGGAGACGGCGGCGGCGAGGGGAACAAUGGAGGUGGCGAUGCAGAUGGAUCCUGCUCGUCGCCUGUCGCAGCCUCACCUCUCGUGGCUAUGCCGUUGCACUCCGAUGGAUCUGUGCAGUACGACGCUCCAGAUUGGAGGCAUGCAGAGGCCAAAGACCCCAAGCUUGAGGACUUCAUGAGCGUCAGCUACAGCAACAACAAAAGCAGUGACCUGUACAGCAGCAGCCACGUCGACCAGCUCAAAUACCAUCAUGUCCAUGACGUCCAGGCCUUCUCGAGCCCGUACUUCCACGGCCAUGGCGGCAGCGGCAACGUUGGUGGCAUUGACAUCAACAUGAAUGCGCCACCGGCAUGCACCGUCGUCCUGCCGGACCAGCGAGUGCCUCCGCCGCAAGACCAUCACUUCCUGCCUCACCACCACGCCCAGUACUUCCUGGGCCCACAGAACCCAAUGCCGGCGCCGAUGUACAACACCGCCGGCGGCGGCGGCGGCGUCGUCGACGGCUCCAUGUCGAUCUCCGGCAUCAAGUCAUGGCUCCGGCAGGCAAUGUACGUGCCGGACCGGUCCUCGGCGCUGUCACUCUCCGUGCCGGCCGCGGCUCCGCCGAGCGAGCCGGCGCCGGCAAUGCCGGUGGUCCGCAAGCCCACCCAGACGUUCGGGCAGAGGACGUCCCAGUUCCGUGGCGUCACGAGACAUAGAUGGACUGGAAGAUACGAGGCUCACUUGUGGGACAACACUUGCAGAAAAGAAGGCCAGACCAGGAAAGGAAGGCAAGUUUACUUAGGUGGCUAUGACAAGGAGGAGAAGGCUGCAAGGGCUUAUGAUUUGGCAGCACUCAAGUACUGGGGUCCAACUACUCACAUAAAUUUCCCAUUAAGCACAUACAAGAAGGAGCUGGAGGACAUGAAGCACAUGACAAGGCAAGAGUUCAUUGCCCACUUAAGAAGGAACAGCAGUGGCUUCUCGAGGGGAGCAUCCAUGUACAGAGGAGUGACGAGGCAUCACCAGCACGGGAGAUGGCAGGCAAGGAUUGGGAGGGUGGCAGGGAACAAGGACCUGUAUCUUGGCACCUUCAGCACGCAGGAGGAAGCGGCGGAGGCGUACGACAUAGCGGCGAUCAAGUUCCGCGGCCUGAACGCCGUGACCAACUUCGACAUCAGCAAGUACGACGUGAAGCGCAUCUGCUCCAGCACGCACCUCAUCGGUGGCGACCUCGCGUGCCGGCGCUCCCCGACGCGCGUGCCCGACGCGCCGGCGCCCGGGGCCAGCGCCGAUCGCUCCGACGCCCAGGGCGACCUGAGCGGCGGCGCGUCGGACAACUCGGACGCCUCCGACAGCCACCGCGGCGCGCACCUACUGCACGGCCUGCAGUACGCGCACGCCAUGAAGUUCGAGGCCGGCGAGAGCAGCGGCGGAGGAGGCAGCAGCAACUGGAUGGCCGCCGCCGCCGCCGCCGCGGCGCGCCCGGUCGCCGGCAUCCCGACCACCGUGCACCAGCUCCCGGUGUUCGCGCUGUGGAACGACUGAUUUUUAGCUACUGUACCGCACGCGCGCGUCGUCGCACGUACGUAGUUAGCGCCAUACUGCCAUUUGCAUGGUACUAGUGCUUUCUUGUGCACUAGCGGCUAGUGAAACUGCUACGCAUGUGACGACCGGCCGUGGCACGUCGCGUCGCGUGGUACGCAUACUGUGAGCCCAAAGCAAGCUGCAGCAGGCCCGGCGCGUGAUGCAUGCAUGUCGCAUCGCACGGUUGUCAUCUCCCUCCGGAGGUAGCAACAAUUUUGCCGCGUUUUGUAACGGUUUAACAUGCCCGGAUCCAUGCAUUGCCUAGCUCCACCGGGAAAGCAGCACACGAAUUCUCCGGAUUCGCAGUACCCGAUUACUUCCUUCUG